AUGGAACGCACUUCGGUGAACACUCCACCUUCGUUCAAAGGAGAGGGAUAUGAAGACUGGAAAGGAAUGAUGAAGGCUUUCAUCUCUGCACAGGACUCUAGAGCAUGGCAAUGCAUCUUGCACGGUUGGUAUCCUCCUCAGUCUCAAAAGGAGGAAGGUAGCUCUGAAAUUGUGUUAAAACCUUUUGAUAAAUGGACUGCUGAUCAAAUUGCUUAUAGUGAAGCUGAAAAUAAGGCUAUGAAUGCUUUAUAUAUAGCUUUGUCUGAAGAUGAAAGAGUUCAAAUUAAGCAUUGUGAAAAUUCAAAAGAUGCUUGGGAAACUUUAGAAAAUACUUAUGAAGGAAAUAAAAAGGUAAGAAGACAUAAACUGCAAUUACUUCUACAUGAAUUUGAUUCUUUGGAGAUGAAGGACGAUGAGUCUGUGGAUCACUUUUAUAAAAGAAUGAUAGCUAUCACAAGUCAGAUCAAAUGUGUGAAUGCUAAAAACACGAUUCCACAAGAUGCAAUUGUCAUGAAGAUUCUCAUAUCUCUUCCAAGGAAAUUUCGUGAGAAAAAGACUGCCAUAUCAGAUGCUUAUGAUCUUGAUACUUAUUCCUUGCAGGAAUUAAUAGGUAAUCUUAAAACUUUUGAAGCCGAGUUAAAUGAUAAAGAAAGAGUUGACCAGAAAAAGUCAAAAAAUAUUGCUUUCAAGGCUACUAAGAAAUUAGAUAAAAAUGAACAAGAUUAUAAUGUUGCUGAGUAUGCCUUGUUAACAAAAGAAUUCAGAAAAAUCUUGAACAAAAGAAAUUCUGGUAAAGCUGCUUUAGAUUCUAGAAGAGGUCAAAAUUUUGAAAAUAAAAAUGACAAAACCUCACGUCUUGAAAAUCGGGAAAACAGGUUUGAAAAUAAAAGAAAUUCUUUUAAUCCUAAAUGCUAUGAUUGUGGUGGUGUUGGUCAUUUAGCUGCAGAUUGUGGUAACAAGAAGUACAGGGAAAAUGCAGACAAAAAGGCACUGAAGACCUCUUGGAGUGAUGACGAGGAUGAGAAAGAUGAAAAAAUGUGGCAUUUAUGGCUUUUUUAA